AAACGCAAUCACACGAACAGUGCACCAUUACGCGCGUGUUCGGUGAGUUCCAGCCCAUUCUGAGCACAAAAGGUUCGUAUCCUCUCCGACGUUUUGCAUUCCCAGCGAUGGGGCCGCGGCAGAGAAUUCGCGCGACGGCCGAGUUUGGCAUCCUCCCGCGUCGCGCUUUCGCACACAUGCGCGAGCGAACGUCUGCGUCGCGCUCUACCACGCUCCAGUGUGCGCGCUGGCGAAGUUGCAUUUCGAUGAUCUGCAGUUUGUACGAGGGGAACCUUGGGGCUGCAUCUGAGUUCGGUGAACAUGUAAACACUUCGUAGACGUGUAGAACACGGCAUGGG